UUCGCAGAGUUUCCUCAGCUCUCUCUCUCUCUUCAUCUUCCUCCUCUCCCUUAAAAUUCUUUACUUUGACCCUGUACUCUCUCCCCUCCCUCAUUCCUCACUUAUUCUUAGCUUUGCUUCCCUCCUUUCUUCUUCUUCUUCUCAACCAAUCCCCAUAAAGUCACUCCCUCUACCCCUUUUUCUCUUCACCCCUCCCAAUCCCCACAUUGUCUCAGAAACUAGAUGGCGUAUUUUGCUCCUUCCUCUUCUUCUUAUGACAACCCAAUACCCUUCUGGACUCCCUCCUCCUCUGCUGCUGUCUUUCCCGACGAAAGUUAUGAAGACUCGUGCAGCAUCUGCCUUGAGCCUUUCUGCUCUGAUGACCCUGCCACUAUUACCAGCUGCAAACAUGACUAUCAUCUUCACUGUAUCUUAGAAUGGUCACAAAGAAGUAAAGAAUGCCCAAUAUGUUGGCAGUUACUUGUUUUGAAGGAUCCGGCUAGCCAAGGGCUACUAGAUGCUGUACAAAAUGAGAAGCGCUUGAGGGGGAGAAACAUAUCUUCUAUUGCUCCCCCAACUUUUCAGAAUUCAUCUGAGGACUUUGAUUUUGAACAUGAUUCGUACUCAGAUGACUCUGAUUUGGAAGAGCGUAUUAUGCAGCAUCUUGCUGCUGCUUCGAGCAGGGCUCGUUAUGAGCGCAGAAGGGAAAGACAGGGAUAUUAUGGACUGGGCCCUUCCAAUGGUUUUAAUUUUUCCUAUCCCGAAAACGUGUCUGGUUUGGAGCAAGCACACCCAUCUUCUCCUGAAGAACGGCCAAGUUUCACUUAUCGGUCACCAGGAGGUGAUUCACCAACUUCUCUAAGACCCCAUGUUGUUCUACCUCCACCAUCUUUCAUAUGUAGCAGUGCUGUCAGCAAUGACCUUCCGUUUAAACCAAGAGUUCUCUUUGGGCAGACAGCACCAAAUGGACCACCCAGAGAAAGCUCACCUGAGAUGCUCAAUUUUCCCGAGUCUAUUAAAUCAAAGUUGUCUGCUGCUUCAGCCAGAUACAAAGUGUCCUUUUCAAAAAGCACUCGAGGGCUGAAGGAAAAGCUGCUUGCUCAUAACAACUCAGUCAAAGAGCUUAGCAAAGGAGUUCAACGUGAUAUGACUGCAGGAAUCACUGGUGUUGCACGAAUGUUUGAGCGCCUAGACCUUACCUCAAAGAAACCUGGUGCCCCUACUCCAGUUUCUGGUCGUAGUGGGGGUGCUUCAAACUUCUCUACCAAGGGAAAAGCUGUGCUAGAGAAUGUUGUUGAUGGUCAAUCUUGUAAUAAAAGUAGUGGAAGAAUUGCAGAUGAAAGUUCAGAAGAACCCUCUCAUAUCAUCAGAACGAUUUGAAGUUUCUGUGCAGAGUGGGCGAUGCUGCUCUACGGUUUGGGUUUCAGAAUAAUAAUGUGUUUUAUUGGUCAAGCAUAUGGCAUAUCAGCAAGUGAUGUUAUGGUUACUGGUUAGGGCCAAGCUGCUGGUUGGUUCGCGUCCUGCAUUGCCGAUUUGUGCAAAACAAAAGAACCUUAGUAAUUCCAGGUAAAUGACUUAUGUGCCGUGUCCUGCAUUUUUUUUCUUUUGCUUUGUUGCCUAGUGGUUCCCAUGUUUUCUGGGGAAUUCCUUAUAUGUACCAGUUGCAAAUGGUUUUCAAGAUAACCCUUAUAUA